AUGGCGUACCGACCAUCAAAGCUACGCCUGCCAUCUCAACAACAGCCAGCGGCACCAGGGUCAGACAAACGUAAACGCGACGACGAUGAUGACAGUGCUUCUCCUCCACCUUCAACUCGACGAUGUCUAACCUCUAGCUCCCCAGAAUCUGGAGAAUCUGAUGAAUCCAUGUUAUUCAUACUAUCCUCAAGACCCCCAGACUCCCCAGGAUCCCCAACAUCCCCCACCCCGUAUCCAGUUCCAGAUGACACCAGUUCACUAAGUAGUGGAAAGGCACCCGGUACGCCCGCUAGCACUGUAACUGAUGAUAGAGAGGCUCUGACAGACGAACAAGUCUGCGAGUUUCACCGAAAAGGUACCGAAUACCAAGAAUGGAUUGCCGACCCAACUCUAGGCGGAUGCAGAUGUGGCCUAUCAAGAAGAUCAUUGUCUGACUUAUUCAACAACAACAAUAAGAGAGAGAAAUUUCUCUGUCCAGAGAACCAUUUCGACAACCCACCUGCCUCUAUCCGCGACGACUUGGAUGAAUUAGGUUUCUCAACAAAUACCUACAGGUUCCGCUACACAAGACUUGCAGUCCAUGGCUUUGACGAGAAUGGCUACAAAAUGGAAUCCCAGUAUCGUCAGAGCUUUGCAAAAGGCGUUAUUAUCAGUGAGUGCAUUUUUAGAUACACUGGGCCUCAUUGGUCAAGUAUCGCUAUCGCUCAAUACAAGUUUGAUCAUCCCAUCGAUACUCUCAAAUAUCUUUAUUUUACUAAUGUCCAGAACAAUGAGACCUUACCCUACGUGCAAGAAAUUCUCUACCCGAGACAUGAUGUGGACUGGCCUAAGUUUAGUGAAAUUGCGAAACAAGUAUGGGAGUAUGGGACAGAUGAGUAUAAAGAGAUUCUAGGUACAAAGCUGGGGAGGGCAGCGGCCCGUCUUGUGAUAGGGGCUUGGGAUAGAGGUACGCAUCGCAUCGCUAGAGUUUUCACUCUCGGCCGUGAGCACAAUAUACACCUACGAUUUGAUAUUGAGCCAAUUCCUACGUCGGAAACUUCUUGA